GUUGUUUAUUAAUCUGGGCUUGAAGGCCAGUCCAGCACUGUCCCUGGUCACUAGGCUCAUUGGGCCUGACAUUGCUGAGGCAACUGCCAGAGGCCUGGGCCGGAGACCAGCUUCCCUGCCACAGCCUCCGUGCUCUGAGGAGGCCCUAGUAAGUCAUUUCUGGAGGACAGAGGUACAGGCCUGGGCCAAGAGUCUGGCCACUUGUCUUGAUCCUGAUGAGGUCCAGGAAGGACCAUGCUCCUGUGUUCACUACUGCCCAUCCUUCUGUGUGUGGUGACAGCAUCGUGCAUAGAAACGACAGCCUGUGAGGAUGCCCAGAAGACCUGCUCAGUGAUUGCCUGUGGCACCCUGGGCAGAGACGGGCGAGACGGACCCAAGGGAGAAAAGGGAGAGCCAGGGCAAGGGCUCAGGGGCUUGCAGGGCCCUCCAGGGAAAUUGGGGCCUCCGGGCAACAGAGGGGAGCCUGGGUCUCCAGGACCAAAGGGCCAGAAAGGAGAUCAUGGAGGCAGUUCAGUUACUGAGAUUAAGCUGGCUAAUUUAGAGGAAGAGAUAAGGAGCCUGAAAUUACAACUGGACCACAUCAAAAAGUUGCAAACCUUCUCCUUGGGCAAAAAGUCGGGGAAGAAACUCUAUGUGACCAAUGGUGAAAGGUUGCCUUUUUCCAAGGUGAAGGCUCUGUGCACCCAGCUCCAGGCCACCGUGGCCACCCCCAAGAAUGCCGAGGAGAACACAGCCAUCCUGGAGGUGGCCAAAGACACUGCCUUCCUGGGCAUCACAGAUGAGGUGACCGAGGGCCAGUUUGUGUAUGUGACAGGAGGGAGGCUCACCUACAGCAACUGGAAGAAGGAUGAGCCCAAUGACCAUGGCUCAGGGGAGGACUGCGUGAUCCUCCUAAAGGACGGGCUCUGGAAUGACAUCUCCUGCUCUUCCUCCUUUGUGGCCAUCUGUGAAUUCCCAGCCUGAAGAGUUCCCUCCUUGCUCCCCACUGAGCUCUCUCCAAAAGAGAAUGCAAUGCCUGUGUUCCCAG